UGCAGUUACUGAAAUAUUUUUUGUUCCGUGUUGUGUAAGCAUAUCUGUUCACUAUGGUUGAUGAAAAAGUCCUAGAUUCUGCCAGUGUCCAACCGGUGCCCAGGUCUCAAACCAUUACUUUUGCUGGCCCCGUUACAAAGCCAAGCAUCGGAAGUACAUCGGCGGCUGCAAAUCCACAGUCUAUCAUUCUGUACAGGACCCUCUCCAUUAAAAUUGAAGAGACCCAACGGUCAGACUUUAAGCGACUAGCACCUUCCAUUAAGGAAUCCUUCUGGAACUUUUUCUCUAGAAGAAAGCAGACAGCUGGCCCUACUGCUGAUGAGGAAUUGGCUGGUCUUGAUUUUCACAAAGUAGAAACGAAUGAGCUAUUUCAACGAUUUAACACGGCUGAAAAAGUUGGACUCGACUCAGAAGCUGCCAAGUCUCGCCUCGACCGCAAUGGAAAGAACGUUAUGUCCCGACCCCCUUCCAACCUUCCAAAAAAGAUUUUCAACUACAUGUUUGGAGGUUUUGCUGGUAUUCUUUGGUUGGCUGGUAUUCUCGCCAUCUUGUCCUGGAAGCCUAUCGGUGAGCCUGACCCUCAAGCUAUUAACUUGUACAUUGGCUGCGUCAUUUUCUUGGUCAUUAUCAUCCAAAUCGCUUUCACUGUCUGGCAAGAUUAUACAACCUCGCAAGUCAUGAAAUCCAUCCACAGCAUGCUUCCUGCAAACUGUAUCGUAUUGAGAGACGGAGAAAAGAAGCAGAUUGCUUCAUCUGACUUGGUGAUUGGUGAUGUGGUCGUCCUCAGCUUGGGUAUCAAAGUACCGGCUGAUUUGCGUCUGGUUGAAGUAUCAAGCGAUCUCAAGUUCGACCGUUCUAUUUUGACUGGAGAGUCCGACGCUAUUCCUGGAACUGUAGCAAUGACCGAUAAUAACUACUUGGAAACCAAGAACAUUGCUUUCAUGUCCACUCACUGCACUCAAGGUUCUGGCCUUGGUAUUGUCGUCUCUACUGGCGAUAAGACCGUUCUAGGCAGAAUUUCCAAGUUGACCUCUGCAAAGGAAGAAGAAACAACCCUCUUGCAACAAGAAAUUAACAGCUUUAUCAUCAAGGUUGCCAGCUUCUCAAUCGUUCUAGGUGUUAUCUUGAUUGCUGUGUGGGCUGCUUGGCUCCAAAAAUAUCAUUAUGGUUUUAUGGAUGCUUCUGGUAUCAUUAUUGUUGUAUUGGCUUUGAUUGUAGCUUUCGUUCCCGAAGGUCUACCAGUCGCUGUAGCAAUUACUUUGAACAUCAUUGCUCGUCGUAUGCAAAGAUCCAACGUUCUCUGCAAAGUCCUUACUACUGUAGAGACACUAGGUAGUGUAUCAGUUAUUUGCUCGGACAAGACUGGUACCUUGACCGAAAACCGUAUGACUGUGCAAACCAUUGCUUUCGCUGCCCACCAAGUUGAAAUUGCUAGCUACGACGAACUUAAGUCAGAGGCUCAGGAUACUUCAAGUGCUGUCCGAAAAUUGCAACUUGCCGCUGCUCUGAACUGUGCGGCAGGAUUUGCUGCUGAUCAAGAGGAUAAGCCAGUGAACACUCGUGAAACCGUUGGAGAUGCUACCGAUUCCGCCAUUUUGAAAUUUGCUGAGAACCUCGGAUCUGUUCAAAAGGAACAAGAAUCUUUCGAGGAAGUUUUCAAGAUUCCAUUCAACUCUAAGAAUAAGUGGAUGCUUACGCUUCGAAAGCCUACUUCUGAAUCCGCUCUUAAGGAGAUUGGCGCCGAAACCCUUGUUCUAUAUGUCAAAGGUGCUCCAGAUAUUUUGUUCCCCCGAUGCACCUCAUACAUGGACAAGAAUGGCGAUUUGCAGCGCUUGACUCCAGAGGCUCAAGCUGCCAUCAAUUUGUCUCAAGAACAAUUGUCUGGAAAAGGACAACGUGUUCUCGCUCUUUGCUCUCGUACUAUUGUCCUUCCAUCCAAGAUCAUAUCUUUGGAUCAAACUGCUGAAGAUUUUGCCGCCAGCGUUGAAAGCGCCAAUGCCGAACUUACUAUCGUUGGAUUGGUCGGUAUUGUUGAUCCUCCACGCAAAGAGAUUCCAGGUGUCGUUUCUACCGUCCGUCGUGCUGGAUGCCGUGUUGUAAUGGUCACUGGUGACUUUUCAAUCACUGCUACUGCCAUCGCCAAACAAUGUGGUAUCAUUACCGUCAACAAGGUCGACAACGCAGCGGUGGUCCGUGAUCCUUCCACUGUUCCCACAAUUCGCGAUGAAGAUGACGAAGAAACCUAUCACAACAACAAUGUUACGGCCUUGGUUAUCAGUGGAAGCGAUUUGAUGGAAGGCUUUGUCGAUCGUGAAUGGGAUAUCAUUUGCAGCUACUCGGAAAUUGUAUUUGCCCGAACCACUCCUGAACAAAAGCUUCGUAUUGUCAAUGAAAUGCGUGCUCGUGGUGCUAUCGUUGGUGUCACUGGUGAUGGUGUUAAUGACGCUCCUGCUCUCAAGGCUGCUCAUAUUGGUAUUGCUAUGGGUGCUGGUAGCGAUGUUGCAAUUGCUGCUGCAGACAUGGUCUUGUUGGACAACAACUUUUCUUCUAUCUUGGUUGCGAUGGAAAAUGGUCGCCUUGUAUUUGAUAACUUGCGGAAGGUCAUCAUUUACUUACUUCCCGCCGGUUCCUGGUCAGAGCUUUGGCCAGUGCUGUGGAACAUUUUCCUUGGUAUUCCAGCCCCAUUGUCUUCCUUCCUCAUGAUUAUUAUCUGUAUCUUCACCGAUCUCGCUCCUUCUUGCUUGGGUAUGGUUUUCGAAGGCCCUGAGUCUGACUUGAUGCUUAGAAGACCACGUAAUCCUAAGAAAGACAAGCUGGUCAGUUGGGAUCUUCUCGGUCAAGCCUAUUUCUUCAUGGGAAUGAUGGAAAUGAUUUGUGCCCAUUCCAUGUUCUUCUUCUACAUGUACAAGUACGCAAACAUCCCCUUGUAUCGCCUUGCUUACUGCUAUGAAAACUGGGCAGACGGAUUUAUGGGACAUUCUAUCGAUGAAUUGAACCAUUUCGUCAGCGUAGGACAAUGCGUUUACUUUGUCACUCUCGUCAUUAUGCAAUUGUUCGGAAACCUCUUUGCCUCAAGAACAAGAAGACUAUCUGUUCUCCAAAAAAAUCCAUUCUGGGGUCCAAGCAGAAACUUGCGAAUUCCUAUCGCUAUGUGUAUCAGCAUUGCCAUUGUCAUCAUCAUCCUUUAUGUACCAUUCUUCAACAACGUUUUCCAAACUGCGCCAAUUCCUCUUGAGUUCUGGUUUAUCCCAAUCCCACUUGCAAUUGGUAUGCUUCUCAUGGAUGAAACUCGCAAGCUUUUAGUACGAUCCUACCCUAAGAGCUUCAUUGCCAAGAUUGCUUGGUAAUUUUUUGACCUUCUUUCGGUCCCAUUUCACUCUGCAUAUACCUUUCACCACAUACAAUGUACAGUCCUUUAGAAAUAUUUUGUGGCUAUAUCAUAGACAUUUAAGCUCUCGUAUUAUAUGUUUAGACUCUGCCAAAAUGAAGUAAAACAGGUUUUUAGCUUCCAAUAUACGGCCGUUUUCUUUCGAAUAUGCUAUUCUGCCUGACUGCUUGUUAGUCAAUGAUAAUUUCAUAAACUCAAUGAGAUAGUUUGAUUCGGCUAACUCAGUGGUCUUUCCCGCUGAUUUUGUGAUAAUAUAUCAUCCUUUCCCUUUGUUCAUCAAUGUUAAUCUCUAC